GUUAAUCACAGGGAUCAGGCAUGCUGUGAGAGGUGGUUAUUAGCACAUUGAUGUUCUAUUGAGAAUUCCUGGCAUUGGGAAGAUUGAACAUGCAGGAACUUCCAGAAAAUUCAUCUGUCAUCUGAGACUCACCAUUUGAAAGAUGAGAUGGCUGCCAUUUCUGGCACAUACGAAAAGAAGGCGAUGCCUGCACCUCAGGAACAACUAGAAGUGAGCAGAUGUGGCAAGAUGAGAACUGAAAUCAGCGGACACAAGAAUGCUCAAAUGGAAACCAGAUCCCAAAGCAGACAGGAGGAGCUGGAUACUGUACUCCUGAAGAAAGACGAGGACUUAAAGAAUUUAAAACUUCUCGUGGCCCAGAAGGAAACAGAUUUGCAAGAGCUGAAAACCCAAAGGACGUUAUCCUCAAAGCAGCUGGAUCUAGCCAUGAAAGAGCUUGAGGAGCUAAAUAAAAACAUCCUGAUGUCUCAAAGAAAGUAUGAAGAGGAAUUUUCCCAGCGACUGAAAUUGCAGGACCAGGUACUGCAACUCAAACACCAGCUGGAGCAUCAAAAAGAAAACUCUUUACAGGGAUCCAAAGAGAUGAGACAGAGACUUGCAUGGUCAGAAGUCCUCAUACUCCAACCAGAAGGAAAACUCCAGGAACUGAGCAAUGGGGACUCAGAUUCAAUGGCAAAAGUUCAGAAGAUUCGAGAAACCAAUGAAGUGGAGGUGAAACAAAUCCAAGAGGAAACUGCAACAGCCUACCAUCAAAAUUUUCUGGAGUUACAAAUGAGGUUACACACUGAUCCAGUCAUGCUGGGGAAAAUGCAAGAGGAGAACCAGCGAGUUGAUAUGCUGACAGUUGAAGUUAUGGCAUUACAGAAGAAGCUCCUCUCUGAAGAGGCCAACAACAGUGCAUUCAUUGAAAAGCUGCAGUCGGAACACAGGGGGAGACAACAGCACAUUGGAGCCCUGGAGGCCAGGCUAGAGGAAUUACAAGAUCUUUUUCUAGCCAAGAUGAAAGCCCUGGAGGCUGUUGAGGAGAAAAAUAUUUCCCUGCAAAAUGAGAUCAGUUUACUUAAAAGCACGUUUGGAGGAGAAAAAGGAACGGAGGCAACCCAUUUCAAUUUGGCACCUAACCUGUCAUACUCUGGUCACUCCCCUGUUACCUCAACUCCCAUCAUAGAUGCAUCACCCCAGCCUUCAGAGAACGUGCUCUCACCACAAUCACUUCAGCCUGCUUCUGCAGCUACUAUGAUAAAUGGAAUCACAGCAGCACCCAAACUGGCCAAAUCUGCCAGAGCAGAUCCGACUACACAAAAGAGAGUUUUAGCUCAGGGCAGCACUAAUACUGAGUCACCAAAGUGGUCCUGUUCUAGGUCUAGCUCCCUCAGCCUUGACACAAAUACAUUAGGACAAGGUCAGGACUAUUUCAGCUCUUUGUUUGUUGACUCGAAGAAGAAUGCCCAACAUCCCAGACCCUUGGAGAGACAGGGAAGGACACUGUCAGCAGCUGAAGACUACAUCUCUUCUGCAGCCAGGCACAGUGCUAUUGGCAACUUAAAAAUUGCAGAAGUUCAUUCAGGUGGUCAUUUUGUGAAGAUCCUUAACUGUUCCCCUGAUAAAGAGGAGGGCAUUGGGGAGUAUACACUCCAGCAAAAUGUCAACGGCCAUCCAGUAACAGUAUUCAAAUUCCCACCGAGGAUCAGAAUGAAGGCCAAUUCUACUGUAACCGUAUGGACAGCAGAUGCUAAAGUGCCUCAUAAACCUCCAUCAGAUUUCCUUUGGAAGGAGCAAGUUAGGUUUCAAACAGGCCCAGAGUGCACUACCAUUCUUUGUGAACCUAAUGGUCAGGCUGUUGUUUGGUACACACCUAUUCACUGUAACAGAAAGCAAGGAUGGAAAGAGCAAGAAGAUGAUGAAUACCUUAAGAGCAGCAAAAAGUCAAUUAUACCAUCAAAAAUGCAAAGAGAGGAAUGGAAAAAGGAACCAGAGUCUGUGAUAAUUGAUACAGAACAGGAAGGGGGUGUCCAAGGUCGAACAGAGGAAAGAGGACCGGUUUUCAUUAAAAGAGAAAAAAAGAUCCCAGCAACCCUGUUCCCUACUCAGAAUUCUUGGUGCCGAAGCCCAGCAUCUCCCACGCACCCUCACUUUUCUCUGCUCAGACCAUUAACAAUGGGCAAUGAUGGCAGCAGUCUGUGCAGGCAGUCCAGGUGUCAGUCAGCAAUACCUGACCCAGCACCAGGCACUCUGUAUGCAGGAACCAGCCGGGGCAGAAACACAGCUACAAGAAGUUUUAAUGGAAAAAGUAGAAGGCUGACCCGGUCAGCAGGGCCUAAUUUAGGUGGAGUGAUGUACAUCGGUUCUUCUGCACCCACUGGCUCUGCUCUACAGAAGUACUUUCUCAAUUCACCUUAUAUCUUCAGUCUGCCAACCCCGACUUCUUUUACACCCACCACUUUCUCUAACUUCUAACACAGGAUCUAUGAAUAGGAGUAUGCGUAGGGGGAUGGGGGAGCUCCUUAAUGCUCUGCAGCAAAGAUAGUAAUAUGUGGGUCAUUGCUUCAGGGAAUGAGGAGACUAGGUUGUUGAGUGACACUAUAGAAUUUAAAUGUUGUUUCUGUGUAGACUGAUAUGUACUAGAAAGUUUGUUUCACUGACUAUUAUCAUUACAUUUUGAUUGAUUAUAUAUUUGGAAUGACUGAUAAUAGGGUGUAUAUAAUAUGUAAAACAUUAUAUAUAGAUUGUAUAUUAUAUAUAAUAUUUUACAUAUUAUUUAUAUAAUUAUUCUGUGUUUUAAGAGGGUAGGGGGGAAGCAUUUAUCUACCAAAGCAAAAAUCUUUAAAAAAUAACCAUCUAUUUUGGUUGUACAGUGGGGAAAGAUGUUUAAAAGUAUCUACAAUGUAAUAAUUCUUAUACUGUGAUGAUUUAUUUUCUCUCUUUUACACAACUGUCAAAUCCAGUGGAGGCAGCCAACAUAUGAAAAUGAGUAGGCAAAGUUGGCCCACAAAGGUGUCCUCAAGGCCAGCAGUGGGUAAUGAUCAUACUAUAAUGGAAUCAAAAUAGGGUAGGCAAAACAGGAUAGACUGUGACUGUCCUGGUAAGAAGAUUCCAUUGGUCAAAUCUAUCCCCGGGGCAGUGUUCAUUGUUAACUAAAGAUGAGUUUUGGAUGCAAAAGGCAGAUCCUAACUUGCUUCAGAUUUGGGAAUGUUGACAUGCUGGCUUUUGAUUCAGCCAGUUACAAGGAAAGGAGUCUGCUUUAAAAUUUUGGAUCCAUAUAUAGAUGCAAAUGUCCUCAAAAUUUGGCAUGUUUGGAGUCAAGUUUAAUUUCAUUUCCAUCUCCAAUGAAAACAGGGAGAAACUUCUUCCACAGACAUCCAUCUGUUUUAUACUGUUAUAAAAUCUAACCUAAGUUUCAGGAUAUUUUCUCACUGCCUGGAUUAUAAAAUCACGAAUUCUGAAUACCAUGAAUAACUCCCACCAAAAACAGCCUUCCAGAGCCUUUCUCAGUAGCUUGGUGGUGAGAUAUUGCCUGACAUCGAGGAGCAGUGUCUGGUUUCCUGUUUACUAGAUGGUAGAAAAUGAAGGAAGAGUUCGUGAAGUUGGAGGCUGCAUCCCCAGGGGAGUAAUGCUGACCUAUUGGCUCUUUAAAUUAUAAUGGUCAAUCUGUGUAGCUACCAGGGCUGGCUCCAGGCACCAGGGCAGCAAGCAGGUGCUUGGGGCGGCCAACAGAGAGGGGCGGCACAUC